CAUGUUGGUCCAGCAUUGUGGACAGAGCGAGUUCACCGUCCUCCGCAGUGAAGCAAUGGCAUCCAUGUGGUUCAGAGCGGCGCUGUUGUUGUGCGUCCUCAUUGGGCUUCAUGCUCAGAUAAUGGUGGACAACGAGUACUUGAGGAAUGACAAAGAACAAUAUGUCUUCCUGCAGAAUCUGGCGGAACGCGUGGACAAGCUGGAGAGGGAUGCCGCAGAAGCAGGCAAAUAUAAGGUGGCAUUUUCAGCGGCGCUGGUCACUUGCACAGAUUGGACCCACUUGGGACCCUUCAACACAGACACCACGCUGGUCUUCAAGAGGGUGGUGACCAAUGUGGGUCACGGAUAUGACCCUAACACAGGUGUUUUCACAGCCCCCGUCAAGGGCCUAUACUUCGUCAUCUUCACCGGCUCCGUGGGUAACUCUGGGACCCUGAACGCAGCGGUGAUAAAGAACGGCGACAACAUGUUUGCCAUCUUUGACACAAAGGGCCCGUACAACAGCGUCACCAACGGGAUGACGCUGGAACUGGAGGUGGGAGACAGGCUAUGGGUCACCUUGUGGGUCAACAAGAGUAUUUUCGACCAGAGCCGACUCAGCACUUUCAGCGGCUUCCUCAUUAAACCAAUGUAAACAUUACGAGGUCACAUGAUUUGGAGACUGAAAGCAAUAAAUCGCACUGACCUUGCAGCACAAUAAUAA